AUGCCUUCUCUCAGAUCCUUCCUCUUGGCCUCGUUUGCCAUAGCUGGUGCUCUAAGUGCCGAAUGUGAGGGUGAUGUCUCUAUCGAGAGCGACGGCGAUGUUAGCAAGCUUGACAACUGUAACAGCUGGAAGGGAGAUGUCACUGUUGGAGAGGGAGUUGGUAUUCUCUCAAUCCCUAGUCUCCAGACCAUCGACGGAGCCUUGUCCAUCGCUGGAGCUACUGGCCUCACCUCAAUCAGUGCUCCCAUGCUCCGCUCAAUCAGCGGAACCUGGACCAUGCAGGAGUUGACCAUCCUGUCCUCUGUCAGCUGUGCUUCUCUUACCUCGGUUGGAAACAUCAACUGGGUGACUCUUCCUGCUCUCAAGGCUCUCGAUUUUACUUCCGGAGUCACCAAGUGCGACGAAGUCUUGAUCACUGACACCAUCCUCACUUCCCUUGAAGGAAUUAACUUGCAAACUGCCACCAACUUCAACAUCAACAACAACAAGUACUUGAAAGAGGUCAAUGUUGCACUUGGGAACGUCUCUAACGCAGUCAACAUUGAAUUCAACAGCAAGGGUGUCAAUGUUGCCUUCCCUGAUCUGGUUUGGGCAAAGAACAUCACCAUUCGUGACGCUGGAUCCGUGUCCUUCCCUAAGCUCGAGUCAGUCAACGGAACCAUUGCUUUCAUCAACAACACCUUUUCCGACGCCAGCUUCCCUGAGUUGACUGAGGUUGGUGGUUCUUUCGCGUUUAACAGCAACUCUCAAUUGUCGAACUGUUCUGCCCCGAACCUCGAGACCAUCGGAGGUACUUUCCAGUUGGCCAACAACACCAAGCUUACCAACAUUGAUGGUUUCGCUGCUUUGACCACUGUUGACGGAUCUGUUGAUUUCUCUGGAAGCUUCACCAACGCCACUCUUCCCGCUCUUGAUGAUGUCCGUGGAGGAAUGAACAUCCAAACCACCGAGGAGUUUGACUGCACUGAGUUUGACAACUACAAGAGCGAUGGUGUUGUAAAGGGUAGCGGGUACACUUGUGAGGGAAAGCUCGAUGAGGCCAAGUCUUCCAGCGGUGGUUCUUCAACUUCAGGUUCCGGUAACUCAAGCGAUGAGACCAACUCUGCUGCCCGCGCCGGUGUCAGCAUCGUUGCCCUGUUCGCUGCAUGCGCCGCCAUGCUGGUCUUGUAA